AUGGCCCCGACACUGCCUCGCACGCUUACUAUCGCACGUGUAAGACACCCAACAACGCGCUCCUCGAAACGCCCUUCCAGAUCCUCCCUCCGCUGCUCGUCGCUGCUCCUCCUCGCCGCUUUCGCGCUUUCCCUCUGCCCGCCGUUCGUCUCUGCCGCCACGUUUCAGGGCGACACGGAUGCGCUACACGAGUUUAAAGCCGCCGUCGCCAACCCGUCUGCGCUGAGCUGGCCCGAUUCGGGCGGCGACCCAUGCAUCGACGGCUGGAGCCACGUCACGUGCACGCGCGAUGCGAUCACGCAAGAGCACCGCAUCUCGUCGCUCCUGAUCGACGGGCUUAACCUCGGGGGAAGCGGCUCCCCGUUCCCCACGCAGCUCGCGCGACUAGAGUACUUGCACGCGCUGUUCAUCGGGAACAACGGAUUUGCGGGGGAGAUUCCGCGGGAACUGGGGGAGCUUGCGCGUAUGGAGCAGCUAGGUUUGGACCACAACGGAUUCACCAGCGCGCCGCAAGACCUGUUCACGAAUAUGACGGCGCUCGAGGCGCUGUAUCUUCAAAGUAACCCUCUUGGGGGGCAACCUCCGCCAGAUCUCUCCGCAAACACGAAUCUUAAGAUCUUGCUCCUCACCAACUGCUCCUUCACGGGUGAACUACCCUCUUAUCUGGCGUCGCUCGUCGCGCUCACGAACGUGUCCCUCGGGCUGAACGCGUUCGACGGCGGGAUUCCCGAAGGGAUGUUCGGAGCGCACAUGCCGUCACUACUCUCGCUCCGACUGAACAACAACAGGCUGACCGGCCCCAUUCCCGCGUCGCUCGCCUCCGCGCCGCUCCUCUCCGAACUCUGGUUACACGGUAACGACCUCUCGGGGCCGAUUCCCGACGCGCUAGGCGGCCCGUUGUCUCUGCUGCAGUCCGUGAAAGUAUACGAAAACGGCCUUGUCGGUAUGUUGCCCGAGUCGCUCGGCGAGGCGCGCCAGCUAUCAGAACUGCAGGUGCAGCGGAACAAACUAGUCGGCCCGAUUCCUGCGUUUAUGAAGCGGUUCGGGGAGGGGAGCUGGGGGGAGAACGGGUGGUGCGCGCCGAGCCCUGGCGACGCGUGUUCCGACGAAGCUAUGGCGCUGCUGGAGUUUUUAAGAGGCGUCGAAUAUGCUCCUGCGCUUAGCGACUCGUGGGUUGCUAACGACCCAUGCGCCUCGGGUUCGGCGGGGAACUCGUCGGGUGGCCAGUCGUCUUCUGCCACGUGGCUUGGCGUUGGGUGUUCCGCGGACGGCCAAGUUACCAGCCUCACCAUUCCCUCGCAGAAUCUGAACGGAACCAUUUCCGCGUCGCUCGCGCGGCUGCCCGCGCUUGAAAUGCUUCAGCUGCCCGACAACAAUCUCGAGGGCUCGCUGCCCGCGGAGCUCGCGAAGCUGCCCGUGCUGCGAGCCGUCAACGUGGCGAACAACCAGCUCACCGGACCGCUGCCGGAUUUUCCGCCGCAAGUGACGGUGGUGACGACGGGGAACAAGCUGGAAGGCGGAGCGCCCGCUUCCGCCCUUCCCCCGCCCGUUGCGCCUCCUGCGUCUAUCCGCGGGAAUCCGGGGGGGAACGCGCGUGGCACUCCAUCACCCGGGGACUCGAAUCAUUCUGCUGCUAGCAACGGCGGCCGCGGCGGCAGCGGCGGCAGCGGCGCUGGGACAAAGUCGAGACCAGCAUCGUCUCCCCAUACUGUCCCGGCCUCCAGCUCACUCUCUUCCCCACUCUCCGCCCCCCCAAGCUCUCCCGGCGCCCCCUCCCCCACCUCCGCCACCCCUUCUCUCCCCUCCCCCACCUCCGCCACCCCUUCUCUCCCCUCCCCCACCUCCGACACCUCCCGCACCGCCUCCUCCUCUCCUGGCGCGUCCUUGUCCUCCCCCCCAACCUCCCCGCCUCCCCCCGAUGCUUCCGCGUCGGGGCUGAGCACUCCGCUGAUUGCGGUGAUUUCGGUGGCGGCGCUGCUGCUGUUGCUGGUGGUGCUGUGCGCGGGGGUGCUGGGCAUGCGGUACUGGCGGAAGAAGGGGGGAAGCGGUGGGCGCAAGGGCGCCGCCGCUGCCGCGUCGCAGAUCCUCCCAUCCGUCGCGCCUUCCCCCCACUCCUCAGCUGCCUUCUCCGCCUCCUCCGGUCCCUAUUCUUCCGCCACCGAGGGCGCAGCAGGGGGUGUGCAUUCCGCCGCGUCAGCGGGAGCAGGCGACGCAGCAAGCGGCGGAGAGGGAGGAGGAGGAAACGGCGGCAUGGUGAUGCGCAUGGACGUGAUCCGCGCGGCGACGGGGGGGUUUGCGGCGGAGAACAUCAUAGGCAAGGGGGGCUUCGGUACCGUGUAUAAGGGCGAGUUGGCGGACGGCACGGGGGUGGCGGUGAAGCGCAUGGAGGUGGCGCAGCUGGCCAAGAAGGGCGACUCGGAGUUCCAGGCGGAGAUCGAGGUACUAUCGUCGGUGCGCCAUCGUCACCUGUUAGGUCUACUGGGUUACGCCGUGGAGGGCAACGAGCGCGUGCUGGUGUACCAGCUCAUGGCGCGCGGCCCGCUCAGCCGCCACCUCUUCGACCACCGCCGCCUCGCGCUGCCGCCGCUGACGUGGCGCGCGCGCGUGUCCGUUGCGCUCGACGUGGCGCGCGGCGUGGAGUAUCUCCACUCGCUGGCGCACACGUCGUUUAUACAUAGAGAUCUUAAAGCGAGUAACAUUCUGCUGGACGAGGGCAUGCGCGCGCGCGUGGCGGAUUUCGGGCUGGUGAAGCACAGCAAGGGGGACGGCAUGCAGAGCAUCGAGACGCGCAUCGCGGGCACGUUUGGGUACCUCGCGCCGGAAUAUGCGGUGACCGGGCGGGUUACCACGCGGUCAGACGUGUACAGCUACGGCGUGGUGCUGAUGGAGCUGAUCACGGGGCGGCGUGCACUGGAUGACUCCAAGGCGGACGAGGCCGCGCACCUCGCCACGUGGCUCGCCCCCCUCGUGCCGCUCCGCGACCAGCUCGCUAAGGUCGUAGACCCCGUCCUCCUGCCUGAGAUGCCAGAGGAGCAUGGUUCGGAGCAUGGGUACGGCGGGGUGUUCCCGUCGGUGUGUGCGGUGGCGGAUCUGGCAGUGGAGUUGGGCUUUGGAUCUGGACUGGAAGCAGAGGGGGCGAGAAAGGGAGGAGGGAUGCAGACUCUACAGGUUGCUGACAUUGGAGCAGGGAGGCAGAGGGGGAGAGAAGGCCGGGCAGCAGGCAGCAAGCUCAUGAGUGAGGUGGUUGUUGGGGGCGGUGCGAGGAGAGGGGGAGGGGGAGAGCAGGGGGGAGGGAACAUGAAAGGAGGAGUGGGAGGGGGCAUGUCGCUAGAGGAGCAAUAUGUGCGGCAGGGGUCGUGGGAGGGGGGGUCGUCGGAUGGGAGUGCGAGGAGCAUUCCCACGUUCAUCCAGCCACGCCUUGCACUGUCGGGCCGCUGA